AUGAACACGAAGCCAGAUGCAGUUCCCCCGGGCGACUGGGGAGCCGAUGCCCCUGUGUCUUCCAGUAAGCAGGAGGACACGAAGACAGAUGCGGUUCCCCCGGGCAACUGGGGAGCCGAUUCCCGUGCUUCCAAGAAGCUGGAGCCUGUGAGUGUGGAGGAGCUAUGGAGUCGCCUGCGCAAUUGUAGCUAUAAUCACUGCCAUCUUCCCACUAUGCUUCAAGCUAUCGCAGGCUGUGACGACAUACGGCACCAUCCGAGCAAAGUCUCUCUGCAGCUGCUGUCCUGGAACUUCAGUGGGGCGGUGCGCUUGUCCGAUCAACUCGCACAGAAUGCCGAGGCUCGCGAUCUUGCCACGCAGCUCUUGUCGGCAAUGGCUCUGCUGGCAAAGGCUUGCUCUGCGAAGCGAGAUGAGGCUCCAGGUGCAAAGCUUGCAAGGCCUACAACUCCAUCUGCAAAUCUUACAAGGCCUGCAACUCCAAGUGCAAAGCUUACAAAAGACGUCGAGCAGGAGACGGAGGAGAUGUUGAUCAGAGAUCUGAAGAACAGCUUGCCGCUUUCCGUUGCUGCGCUCGGCAGCAAGUUCGGCGCCCGCUUCCGAAGCCUCGCACUCCGGAAGCGCAAGAACACCUUCUUUCCCUGGCUCCGGAAGAUACCCGGUAUCAUGGUUCCCAGCUCGUGCACAGGGCCGGAGAUGGUGAUGCGCGAGGGCCUCGAGGGUCCAUAUCCAGCCGGUCCACUACCACCGCGCUGCCGAAAGAGGGCUGGACACGACGAGGUCACGAGCACUUCAUAUGCCACGCAAGCGACAUCAUCGACAUCGAAAGCCCGUCGCACUUUGACCUUGGGCAACCUCCAGCUCACGCAUCCCCCACUUUUUGGAGCUUUCGGAGCUUGGCCGGAAGCCUCAGCUUGGCAAAGAAACGGCUGGUAA